AGUGCGCACAAACACACCGGAUGUCAGCCGCCAUUAAACACCAAGAAGAAGAAAGGAAAGCAAACGUAGUGGUUGUUUUAUACAAUAACGACAUUGUUUACAAAGUAUGCGGUAAAAAGUAACGUCGCCUGCUGCUGAGCACGAUGGCCUCUCAGAGAGUGCUCCCUCAAAGCAAAGAGAGUCUGCUACAGAACUACAACAAGAGACUGAAAGAUGACAUCCGCUCCAUCCUGGACAACUUCACAGAAAUUAUCAAAACAGCGAAGAUAGAGGAUGAGACGCAGGUUUCCAGAGCAACCCAAGCAGAGCAGGACCAUUAUGAGAUGCACGUCAGAGCAGCCAACAUUGUCCGAGCCGGUGAGUCCCUGAUGAAGCUGGUGUCCGAUCUGAAGCAGUUCCUGAUCCUAAACGACUUUCCCUCCGUGAACGACGCCAUCAGCCUCCAGAACCAGCAGCUCCGCUCGCUGCAGGAGGAGUGUGACAAGAAGCUCACCUCGCUCCGUGACGAGAUCGCCAUCGACCUGUAUGAGCUUGAGGAAGAAUAUUACUCCUCCAGGUACAAGUAGGCUCAUACUUGCCCCCAUCCCACCGCCCCUCUGUUGUCCCAUGCCAGGCACCAUGUACCGUCUCACCUUUACCAUUCACUGCUGAGCCCAAGGGAGGGUUUAGUUUCCGCCAGCAUCUAAACGUGGGUUGAAUUUAUCUCAUCGUCAUAUCCAAACGGCACCAUUCAUCAACACCAAGCAUUGCUGAGGGUCGUUGUGCUGGAGCUCAUCUCACUAAGUGUUAUUGAUUACUAAGUGCCUUGACUGUAUUUCUGCUCUGUGACGUGUGUCGUAAAUUGAUGAAAGCAGAGAGGACUUCAGCGUUAACUACAACAUCAGUGUGUAAAUGUAAGCAGCUCUUGGAACGACCACAGUUCAACAUGUAUUUUUGAGCAUUCAAUGCAGUUUACUGAUGCAGUAUGAAAGCCAGACAGACAAAUCUCAUAAUUCAGAACAGAAUGCAUUGGCAUUGAUCUACUGCUGGGUUUCUUUUCUAAAUGGUGAUCAGUGUCUCAGUUUACUGGUCUGCAGUGUCCAGUAGGCUUGAGAGAGGUUUUAACAAAUAUUGUCAGGGAGAGAUUUAGUGGAAUGUAAGUUAUGAGUCCUUUGCUCCUAGUUCAUUUACAGCUAAAAUAUUUUAAAGUAAUGGCCAGAAUUCAUUCAAAUACAUGACUAAAACACUUGUUGUGACAAAGUUGACAUAAAGUUUUGUAGAGAAAGUGAACUCCCUUUAGAAGAAUUACACAUUGAAAUAACUAAAACUAUAUCAGAAUAUACACUUUUAUAAGUAUGUCAUUCAUUGAAGAUUAUUUAUAUAUAAUAUUUAAAUCAUAAAUGUAAUGAUGAUGGUAGAUUUUAAGAAUGGGCUUUGGAUGAACCUUUGGUAUAGACUGUAAAAUACGACACAACUUGUUUGCUGUUAUUUAUUGGAGGUCAAAUCUGAAGCUACCAAGAGUCUCUCAAAUAGAUGUUUUCUGUAAAAGCAAUUAGGUUAUUUUUAAUUGAUUCCGUCCUUAAGAGCACAAGGGACUCAAGCUGUAACCAUGCGCGCCAUCACACAUGUUGUGGGUUGUUCAUGUGUACCAGUUUGUGCCAGCUGUUCCAAUAGACCCAGAAUGAUUAAGAAAUAAAGUAGAGACAAAACACUGUA